UCGUAUAUUAUUAAUAAUAAUGAAAAAAAACAAAAACAUCAAAUUAAUCUUACUAUCUGUGUAGUAUUGGGCCUAUUAGUGCGUUGUCCAUUUGUCUUGCCACUACAUGAAGUGAACGUGGUUUCUUGAUUUCAGUUUAUAAGGGAGAUAACCCGUAUCCAUCUCUUGUUAAAGAUGGCUGUGUCACUGUCAAGUACACCGGACGAGUAGGAAAUGGAUUGGAGUUGAAAUUUAGUUGGAGGAUUGAAGUUCAACAUUAAUGAUGUCCACCAAUAUCUCGCCAGUAAAAAGUUUGCCGCUACUCAACCACUCACCAGGAACAUCUCGCAAGAUAUCUCAGAAUAACUCAAAAUAUCAGUUCAGACACAGUGACUCGGAAUCUGAUUCAGAUGGGUCAGAUGACGUAUCGAUUAGCAGCUCCCUGGUGGACAAUAACAAAGUCGCAGCCCCUGACCGUCAAAACAGCGUCCAGAAGUCCACCUCUUCCAGCAAAAAGUCACGUAAAAUUCGUAAGAGUCGACACCAUGACUGGGAAAUUCUAGAGGGGCUGAAAGACGGGGUGCGGUGCGAGGAGAAGCCUGACAAGUUCUGUGGAUUCCUCAUGAAGCGGCGCCGAUGGCCACUCAAGGGGUGGCACAAGAGAUAUUUUCUGGUGGAGAAGGGAAUAGUGUACUACGCCAAAUCUCCAGCUGACAUACAGAAAGGAAAAUAUCAUGGGGUUAUUGAUACAGGACUUUCAGUGGUGUCCUUUAAGAAACCUCACCGGAUUGAUAUUGAUGCUGAAGAUAUUGUGUAUCAUCUUAAAAUGAAAGACAAAAAGAUGUUCGAUGAUUGGCUGAAAGUGUUCCGACACCACAGGUUGUAUCGCCAACAUGAGAUUGCAUAUGGUACCAAGGAGUCACCAAAGCUAACGGGCAUUACCUCCCCUGUUGAGGACUUAACCAGUAUGAAUUUGCCCGAAGCCUUGAAGAGAGAGAGUCAGUUGAUGGGCUCCAAUGAAGUCAUCCCUGUGAUGAGGAAGUCAAGUUUCAAGAAUCAGACGACGUCCCAGGGGCGUGUAGCCACCUGGCUGUUGGAUACUUCGGGGUUUGAACAGUGUAGUAAAGAAAUGAAAAAUACUCAGAAACUCCUUUGUGAUCUCCGAGAGGAUUUAAAUCAAUUGAGAAAUCUUCCACUGUCCUCUAAUCAAGAGAUGAAAGAAAGUGAGAUGUCGGACAAAAAGAAAUUGAAAGCCCAAGCACUGAAGAGCUCUAGGAAAAGAGACAAGAAAAGUGAAAGCUCGGUCAAUUUCGACAGCAGUCCGACUACUGUAACACCCCCGUCACCAUUGGCUGGAGAGGUGCAGAUGAGGAACAGUAACUCAAACCCUAACCUAAUACAGUACGCUCAAGACCACGCCAACCGACCACGGAGUGUGCCAGACCACAUCGCCCUGUCCAACGUGCAUGAAGAACACAUCAAGGAAAUCAAGCUUAGAGAGGACUUCUGUACGAAGGCUGAGCGAGUUCACCAGAAUCUGAAGGCAUUGCUGCACACGAUAACUACAGAGAGAGAAAGGUUAAAGAGUGCAUUAGAAAUAGACAGCGAUCUGGCCAUGCCCUCCAGUGCUGUGGUCAUCAUCAAGCAAAAUCUACAUGAGGCUCUAAGACAGAAUGCAGACCUGAAAGCGAGGCUGAGUAGAAUUCAUGCAGAAUCGUCACUUCCUUCCUAUCCAGACCUCAAGCAGACACCUGCCUCUCCAAUUCUCUCACCUGGAGAAAGUAGGGACCGUCAGGAUCUAACAAAGUCUUCCUCCCUUGACACCUGCUCCAUGUCGGAGUAUUACGAUGCGGAGGAAGAAAACCGUGAAUCUGUGUCCGAGUCCUCCUCAGAGAGAUCUGAUGAAGAGGAUAUUUCUAGUGAGAAUGAUGAUACGGAAUAUAAUGCAGCUCAGAGUGUGUCGGAGGACCAACUGUCUGUGUCGUUUGAAACCGGCCGACGUUCCAAACUUCCUGUUCCUAAGCCGGACUCUGGAGACAUCAGUCUAUGGAACAUCCUGUACAAGAACAUAGGAAAGGACCUCACCAAAAUAUCGAUGCCGGUCACUCUGAACGAACCGCUUAGCAUGCUCCAGAGAUUGUGUGAGGAGAUGGAAUACAGUGAGCUGCUGGACCGGGCCUCCGAGAAUCAGGAUCCCUACCAAAGAAUGAUUUGUAUCGCUGCUUUUGCUGUCAGUGGGUAUGCCAGUUCCGGAUAUCGGGCAGGACACAAACCCUUCAACCCAAUACUGGGAGAAACUUACGAAUUAUUGAGAGACGACAAGGGCUGGAAGUUUGUGGCAGAGCAGGUCAGUCAUCACCCUCCUGUGUCAGCAUGCCACUGUGAAUCCAAGAAUUUCACUCUCUGGCAAGACACAAGAAUAAAAACCAAAUUCUGGGGAAAAUCAAUGGAGUUUCAGCCAGUUGGACAUGUGAAUGUGUACUUACCCAAGUAUAAGGAGCAUUACAUGUGGAACAAAGUGACGACAUGUGUACACAAUCUUCUGGGGGGUCAGCGCUGGGUUGACCAGUAUGGAGAGAUGCAGAUCAGAAACGGAGGCAUCACCUGCAAACUCACAUUUAAAAAGGCCUCUCAGUUUUCCUCAAGGAGACAUGAAGUGUAUGGUCAGAUUCUGAAUCCUGAAGGAAAGGUUGUCCACAAUCUGUUUGGGAAGUGGAAUGAGGCUCUGUACUAUGGCCAUGCCCCGUCGUCCCGCUGUGUGUGGAGGCCAGGUGCCAUGCCAGAUGAUUACGAGUUGUACUAUGGGUUCACAAGGUUUGCAAUAGAACUGAAUGAGCUGAAUAAAGACGAGGCCAGAAUAUUGCCCAUCACAGACACCAGGUUCAGACCAGACCAAAGAUUGCUGGAGGAGGGUGAUAUUAAAGGGUCGGAGGAGGAAAAGAAGAGAGUGGAACAGCUUCAGAGGGACAACAGAAAAUUACGGGAAGAGCAAAAGAUCGCACAUAACCCCCGCUGGUUUAGCAAAGUGGAUGACAGCAAAGGUCAUGAUUGUUAUGAAUUCAACUGUAAAUACUGGGAGAUGAAGAGGGAGCCAGGGUUUGAAAAACUGUCACUGCCCAGACUUUGGUGAUUAAGUGAUCCACAACUGAAAAUCAGACACAUUUGUCACAGGAUAACUGAAUACCGUACUGAUUAUUUCUGGCCAUUAAGUUGUUUAUUUUCUUCUAUGUAUGGAAGUUCUUUUUAUAACACUUUAAUGAACUAGCAUUCAAAUGGCAUUUCAUGUUAAAAAAACAAAUAGGAUUUUUACUGUCCAGAUCUGCAUUUGUUUUAUAUAUUAGCAUAAUGCCUAAAUAAAGAAGGGCUGGAGUGAGCUUUUCUAUUUGAAGUUGUAUCACUGUGUAUCUGUAUAAUGUCUGUUAAUUUUUCAUACAUGUAGCGCCUGCUUCUUUCUUCUCUGUAAUCACUGGACCAUUAUAACAACAAUCACAAAGUGUCCUUGUUUAAAGGGUAUUCACAAAUUAAAUAUACCAAGUGCUACACUUUCCUGGAGGAGAUGAGAAAUUGUGGAAAUUGGGUGGAAUGACAAACAUUUUCUGUCUACAGUUAUCUCCCUUCCCCUGAUAAAAACGUUACAGAUGAGGAGAGUUUGGGAUGGGACUCCUGUGGGGAUUCAAAGUUUCGGGUAAAGAUACAAACAAUGUUGGUUCAGUUUGUCAAGUUUUAUAAAUCAUAGUACCAGGGUGGGGGCACUGGGUGUCAAAGAGCUAGGAACAUUAGUGCCCUAUUUUAGCCCCACAUUUACGAACAAUUCUAAAUUGAUUCUCAGCAACUGAUAUCUAUGUAAUAUGGAACAGAGGACCAUUGGACAAAUUUGGUUUUACAAAAAUGCAUACUCCAGGAGGUACCUGUGUUUGUUUAGUUAUAACAGUCACAGAAUUUCAUCAUAGUAAAAUUCUCAUAAUCAAAAAGUGCCAUUGAUCAACAGUUUUUGGGUCAUUUUAACUGUGUCAACAAGCAAAUAUGAUGACACUUUCAAAUUGUGUUGCUUUUAUCAUUUAAUGUCUCUUUUAAAAUCACAGUUAUGUUGUUGAUGUGGCCACAUCUAAACCAAAGUGAAACAAGCAUCAAGUUUCCUGGUGUACAAAAUUUGGUCAUUCUUCUUGGUAUUAAACACGAAUUAUAUCAACUUUAUAAGAUUCUUGUUGACAAUAAAUUGAACAAUUUACACACAGAAUUUCAUUAUCAAAUAAAGAAUUCUAAUAUUUCUUGCAAAAUCCAUUCCUAUUUGUCCUAUUUCUGUCUAAAUCUGUAAAAAAAAAAAAGAAGAAUCCUCUUCUCAAGAAUAGUAGUGCUGAACUUUGGGAAAUUCUGACAUUUGCAGACAUCCUUUGACGUGUAAAUUUUAGUUUGUUAAAAUUAUGUUCCACCGGUCACAGUGGACGGUACUAUGCUUGUAAGAUUUAUUUCUCUAUAAGAACAUGGUUACUCAAGUGUUAUGGUCCAUAGGUUUCAUGAAAUUGAAUCUAAAAAUCUAUAUGUGUAUAUCAUAUCAAAAGAAAAUCAACACUCAAAGUUGCGAAAUGGCAAUGUGUGACCAUAUCUCUGUAUUGAAUGCUAUCAUUCUGCUCCUGUGUUUUAUACAUAUCAUUUACCCACACAAGUUUACCAGGGUAUAAUAGUUAUAAUUUUAUGUUAUCUUGUGUUUUGUUAUAUCUUUAAUAGGAUUAUGCAUUUGUGAAUUACUUUUAUUUAUACUGAUGUUUUCAUGUGUUUACAUGAUGUUUUGUCACUGCGAUGCAAUUUAGUAUACUGAUGUUUAUGUACAAUGUAUAUUAAAGCAAUGGUUCUGUUAAAGUAUGGAUGAUAUUGAAAGUUAGUUACAUGUUAGACUCUACUGAUAUGAAAAACAAAAUUAUAAGUUGUUAAGAUUGUGCAAUAUACAAAGUAUCUAUUUCAUCAGAAGUAUUUUUAGCACUUUUGUGUUCGUUUUUCUUUUUUUUUAAUUUUAGCUCCUGUUUUGAAACCAUCUGUGAUAUUGAAGAGACUAUUGAAUACUGUGUUAUAUAGAAGAAGUGCUAGAACCUGUCGGUGUACUUAUUUUGCUAAACAUUCCAAAGUUUUUAUCUUGUAUUGUUAACGAGUCGUCUCGGAAACAUGAACUGCUUGUUAUUCAUUAUUGUACAUUUCACUCUAGUUGUGCCCGAAAUGUGGGAUCUUUCUACAUUCAUGACGACAUAACACUGUUUGAAGAAUGAUUCAAAGAUGAUAAUUUUUUUGGUUUAUUAAACUUUUUAAGUGAUACUGAAAUCAUUUACAGCUAGAAAAAAACCCAUUAAUCUGAAUUUUAUAGAGCAGGUUUUAUAUGACAUUAUUUGUCCGCUAGCAGUUUAGUUUCACAGACCAGAUUAAUAUUAUGUCAUGUAUUUGAGCUGCACCAAAGUCUGUAAACUUCAAUAAAAUCAACAACACAUUUUGCCAAAAUAUGAGUUUUUACCUGUGCAAUGUUAAUUAUAGUCCUCACUUUAAUACUCCAAAAGCAUCUUCAUUUGUCAAAUUUAUCAAACGGUAUUUUACAAGUAUGUGGGGUAAAUUUUGGAGUUUUGGUUAGAAUGUUGCUAUUCUUACAGCCUUCAGGGAAAUAAACUACAUGUAAUUUCAAGUUGUAAGAGCUAAAACCACGAAUAGUGAGUAGGUAAUUAAUGGAGAGGGGUAGGUAAUUUCUCAUUGUAAUGUUUAGACUUGUACUGGGUUCUCGGUACUCUGUCUCAGUACUAACAGUAUUUACAGUGCUGGUGGGCGUGUAUGCUAUGGUGCUUAUUUAAUGUGGGGAGAUGUACCAUAAAUGUCUCUUUUGUCCAUUGUAUUGCUAUCUAAGUCAGUCCUCUUCAUGUACGUGGGAGGAAGCUGGCUUUGCAUUUUCUCAAAUUUACCAAAAUUGACCAAAUUACUGUUUGAAAAAAAAAAAGUAUUUGAAACAUACAGAUGAUAAACAAGAGAAAUUGAUUGUCUUCUGACAUCAUGACCUCUCAUUUGAUGAUUUAUAUAUGUUUGUUUUGUGCUGAUGAUUGAUUGCAGAUGAAUGUAGCUGCUUGAUCCAACAUUUUUGCCUCUCAUAAAUUGAAUGAUGUUUUCCUUGUACAUGUAUCAUGUGUAUUUGUGUAAAAUUUCAGAACUAAAUUUUAUGUAAAAUUUGUCUAACUCGAUGGCACAGAUCUGAAUAUGAAGAUUUAUAGUGUAGAAUUUAUUGUGUAGCCAUAAUACAUGUUUAACUUGAUGUUUGAGUGAAUUACCAAUUUAUGGGUUGGAUUGAUUUGGUUAAUGCACCAAUUUCAUAUAUUGGGGUCUGCACAGUACUAUCUAAAUUAAGGCUAGUACAUGCCAAUUUUCUGAACAAUAUUCACUCGGCAUUGCUUGAAUUUUGUUUGGAAAAUGCACUUUUAAUAAAAGUUUUGCAUUAUAA